AUGCAGAACCCUAACGAGGAUACAGAAUGGAACGACAUCCUUCGCUCAAAAGGAAUUAUUCCUGCCAAGGAGAAAGAAAUAUCCGAAGAACAAAUUGUGAGCAUGAUUGAGGAGACUAUACAAAAUAAACAAGCAGAGAAAGAAAAGCAGUUAUCAGAACUAGACCUGGAUGGUCUGGAUGAGUUAGAAGACGAAGAAGAUGAGGCUGUACUCCAAGAAUACCGAAGGCGGCGUAUUGCUGAAAUUAAGAGGCUUGCAGAAAAGCCCCGUUUUGGGGAAGUAAAAGAAGUUUCAGGACAAGAGUAUGUUCAAGAAGUGAACAAGGCUGGUGAAGGCAUCUGGGUGGUCAUUCAUUUGUAUAAACAAGGAAUUCAAGAAUGUGCUCUCCUUAACCAGCAUAUGCGGCAAUUGGCUGCAAAGUUUCCAUACACGAAAUUCCUGAAAGCUGUGGCUCAAACAUGCAUCCCUAACUAUCCAGAGCGAAACUUGCCUAGUGUGUUUGUUUAUUACGAAGGUGAAAUGAAGAAGCAGUUUGUGGGUCCACUAGAAUUAAGAGGAACAGCAUUAACUUGCGAUGAAUUGGAGUACAUCCUUGGCCAAGUUGGUGCAGUAGAUACGAAAAUUAAGGAAGAUCCUAAACCAAAGAUCAAAGACAAGUUGUUAAUGGACCUGGGUUGCAAUGAUUGGUGA